AAAAUUAAUUAAACAUCAAGAGCUUUAAUAUAAAUAUUAUUUGACUCUUCCUAAAAAUACCGUAAAAAUGUCUCGAUGGAAAAAUAUAUCUCGAAUCUUGUAAUUACCAAAUUUAAACUUCCAAGGUCCUGACUACGACUGAACUUAAAUUUUCUCUGAUUCAUUGUAGCACUGUUCACAGAAAUUAAAAUUAAUUGAGGAAGUCCUUUAAUCUUUUCCGAUAAGAUAGAAGAAAGAAAAAAGUUGUGGAAGCCAUACUUAGUAUUUCCUGCUUUAGUUAAGCUAAAUCUCUUUUUAACAAUAAUCAAUAAACAAGAAGGAAUUAUUUUGUUUGAAUAUCCACUAAUUUAAUGUAUAGAGAACUUUUAUUGUAUUACUAUUAAAUAUACAUGUAGAAAACUAUAUAUUUUUUGCUUUGUGUUCUUUAUAGAAUUUAUUCCUAAUCAGUUAAAUAAAGAUUGGACUAAAAUGAAACGAAUAUUAAUUUUUAUUGCUGUUUCAGUAUUUUUUUCGCCAACUUUAGUUCGUAGUAAUUUUCAAGUUACGCAGCUAGAUACUAGCAAUGGAUUCUGCAAUGUCGAUGGUAUUCGUGUUCCAGUUGGUACUCAAGCAUACAUCAGAGAUAAAUGUGAAAAAAUAGAAUGCGAAGAUGGCGUAUUUCACCAUUUUACGUGUGAUUAUAAAAAUCCUUCGAAUUCGUUGUGCAGAUUGAUUGCAGGUGAUGGACAGUAUCCCAAUUGUUGUCCUCGCAAUAUAAAGUGUGAGAACGUGUUUAUUGCAGCAAUUACCAGGAAUUAAUAUGUUGCAUAAUACAUUGAAACGAGUUCAUGUAGGAAUUUGUUUUUAUUUUUCAAAUAAAACUUUAUUUUUUUUAA